UGUCAAUUAACAGCUAGGCAAAAUGGAGUUCCAUCUUUUUAGAUUUUAAUUAUAUUCCCUCUUUUUUAACCCUUACAGAUUGAAAAAUUCUGUUAUUUCUAGUCUGUAUUUAUGUCAGUUCACUACAACCCACUUUUCUUCUGAAGAAAAUGGUGGGAUUUUUAGAUACCUUCCUCUGGCUCUAUUAUGACUUUAAUUUCACCAGUCAAAAAGAAAAAUCCCACAUUAGAGCCGGUCAAGUGCACUAUAGGUUUACAUGGGGGGAGAAUUAGAAAAUAUUAUGCUUAAGACAAAUUCAUUUGGGAAAUAAGAUGGAUAAUGGCAGAGGACAGUUCUCAAUUAAACUGGAAAAUGGCCACAGUAUGUCCCCCCAAAAAUUCAGCCCUUCAUGCCAUUGCUCGGAGGGAAAGGCAGCGCUAGGAAGCCAUCACAGGAAGGGGGAACCUGGACGUUGGUGUAAAGGCUGAGGAAGAUGAAAUUGAGCAGCAUAAAGAACAAAUGCUGCUGCUCCCAGAUGAGCUGUGCUCUGGGACAAAACCUUAUGGUCCUAUACUAUUUGUGGCUCUGCAUGAGAAUAGGAUGCUAUUUUGUUUUUCUUUUGGAGAAUUCUGAGCAUAUUUAAAAGCUAGUUGGUGGCAACAAUAUAUACAAAUUGGGCUAGAGUUCUCGGCUUCUUACCUAAAUCAUAUCCAUCAUUCAUGCCAUUGAAGGAUUUAUCAACAAUCCCUCCCAGCUAUACUAUAGUGGAGUCAAAAGACCAGAUUCAAUUCUCCUUCCUGAAGAUCCUUGCCAUUAUAACGAACUGGAAACUUCCUAUCUUCCUAUAAUUGUUUGGGGCUUUUUAUAGGACUUCAUCAGGGCAACCAGAAAAAAAAAAAAAAAAAAAAAAAAAAGGAAAACAUGGAUUUGGAGACUGAAGUGAAGAUGUAUUUUGAGCAAACAGCGUCAGAAUGACACUGCUUAUCAUGGCGGGGUGAAGACAGUAGCCGCGUCUUCUGUGCCCUCUGCAGCCCGCAGCCUCAUCAUUCACAGCAAGUGGCUCUCUCUGGUUUUGUCACAUUCACAGCCUUGAAAAUCCUCCCGCGAGACUUCUUUCUGAGCAGAUGGUGCUCCAAGACUUGUUGGUAGGGCUGAGGACCCGCCCCGGAUGCUAUGAUUCUCGGCGUUAGAUGGUCAGCUCUUUGAUUGGCUCAGGAAGGACAAGGAAUCAAAAGGCAGCCAUUUCUAACGAACUGGAGAUGGCCAUCCAAGAAGAGAAAUUUGUGAGUAAAGAAGAAUACGAAGCUGUGGUAAAAAAGUUAGAGGAGGAAAAGGCAGCCCAUGCCCAGACCAAGGGCCUGUUGGCUAAAGAGACAGAGAAACUGCAGUUUGCUCUUGGAGAGGUGGAGGUGCUGUCCAAGCAACUGGAGAGAGAGAAGCAGGCUUUUGAAAAGGCGCUGUCCAGUGUCAAGAACAAAGUUCUGACAGAGUCCACCAAGAAGGACAAGCUUAUCACCAAGUGCAAUGAAAUUGAAUCUCACAUUAUAAAGCAAGAAGAUAUUCUUAAUGGGAAAGAAAAUGAAAUUAAGGAACUACAGAAUGUCAUCAGCCACCAGAAACAGAUCUUCAGGCAUCAGAUAUCGGACUUCCGGAUUCAGAAGCAGCAAGAGAAUUACAUGGCCCAAGUGCUGGACAGGAAGCAAAAGAAGGCAGGCGGGCUGCUCUCCAGCCGGGGCUUCAAGGGACUUGGAGACAAAUAAAUCUGCUUCCACUUA